AUGGCUACAGAUGUUCAGGCAAAGUUGACAUAUCUCCAAUGGCAACCCAGCUACACCCACACGCGGCCAUAUCGCAUUGGACAGCUCGUCGGACGGAGAAAGUCCAAGAAGCAGAAAGAGGGUGAGAAGACAACAAACUUGGUAUUCUGCGUGGCAGAGCAUGCGGAAACUAUAAAAGAUAUCAGGGGGUUGAAUGGCUCUUCGUUUAAUCUUGACGCCAAUGGGUUUGCCUACUUGAAAUGUCCGCGGCCUGCUCUUGCAAAUGCAUAUGAUUACUCGGAUCCUGGAAAGAUUGAAAAUAUCUUCCUGCCCGAGUGCAAGGACAUCUUGAAACAUUAUGUUGAGGGAGCUGACGAGGUUUUGAUUUUUGAUUGGAAGAUCAGAAAGAGAAAAAGUGCAAAAGAGCGACGAAGGAGAAACCCAAAUUUGCAGGGCUUUGCCCGCCAGGUCCAUAUUGAUACACUCCUAACCCGAGACGAGAUCGGAACUCCCAUGAUGGAACGUAUUCGAAACCAUCUCCCCGCAGAAUCACAGCACCUUCUUUCCGGGCGAGUCCAACUGAUCAAUUUUUGGCGACCAAUAAGUGGACCGGUUGAAGACCACCCGAUUGCCGUUUGUGAUAGACGGACCCUGGAUCCAUCCAAUUUGAUCGAAACUGAUAUGAUACGCGGUGAGUAUACCGGCACUAUGCUUUAUCCGCAGUAUGAGCCGAAUGGGACAUGUCAGUGGUACUAUAUGAAUGGACAAGACGUGGAAGAUGUCCUUCUUUUCAAAGGAUUUGAUACGAGGGAAAGCAGUGUCAAGUGUGAGUGA